AAUUGGCAUCGAAGUAAAAAAAUCAUGGGUUAAUCCGUCAAAUGGUGACUAGUUUUUAGUUAUAAGAAUUAAGCGGCUAAAUGAAAGCCCAAGUGUCAACGCCUGUUCCAUUCAUUUGUUCGCGUACUAAAGGUAAUAAUGGAGAAAAUCGAGUAGUACAGAGCAUAUUUAAAAAUAUUUAAACAAGAUGUUUUAAAAUUUUUCACCGUGUGUUGAUACAAACGCUUUUGUUUAUUUUUACUGAGAUAAGAAUGAAAAAUUAAGUUCUUAUUACAAAGCAUAUUUAAAGAACUUCAAGAACUAUGCAGGUCGAACAAGAAAAUUUUCAAGUUAAAAAAUUUCGAUGGCUUCGAUCUCUACGGAGGCUAUCAAGUCGACAAAAGAUUCUUAUUACAUGUCUUCUUAUAAUGAUUUUAACAGGUGUUGUUGUAGCAUCAGUUAUUUUAACCAAGACUCUAAAUGUUGCACAAGUUCAAAAAUCAUAUACAAAAAUUGGUCUUGAUGAUAUCCUUGCUGGAAAAUUUUCAUUUAAGUUGUCUAAUACACAAUGGAUUUCUGAAAAUGAGUACUGGUUUGAAAAUAAUGAAGGAAUAAUGCGCUUUAAUAUAGCUAAUAAUUCAACCCAUGCAGUAUUGUCAAAAGCAGAAAUGAAUCAAGUCAGCUCAAAUGUGAAAGAACUAUCUCCUGAUAAAAAAUAUUUUCUUUUUUGCAAUAAAUCAAAAUCAUUGUACAGACAUUCAUUUUAUGCAGAUUAUUAUGUUAAAGACCUUGAAAGCAGCGAAAUCAUAAAGAUAAACCCUCCAAAUAGCAAAAAAGAUACUCAAAUACGAUAUUGCGGUUGGUCUACCAAAGGCAAUGCACUGGUAUAUGUUUAUGACUGUGAUAUAUAUUACAUGCCUUCUAUAAAUGGAACAACUCAUCGCAUCACACAUGAUGGUGUUCCAGAAAAUCUAUUUAAUGGGGUACCUGAUUGGGUUUAUGAAGAAGAGAUUCUUAGUUCAACACAUGCCUUAGAAUUCUCAUCUGAUGGAAAAUAUCUAGCUUAUGUUAGCUUUAAUGCAUCUUUGGUUCCGCAUUUUAAGUUUUCUAUAUUUGGAGAACCCAAAGAAUCUUACACAAGUGAACAGUAUAUUGCUUACCCUAAAGCUGGAUAUCCCAACCCGUCAAUAAAAAUAACUAUAGUUGACUUAGAAAACAUUGGUUCCAAAAAUGUCACCAUUACACCCCCUUAUUUUAGGAAUAUCAGUGAUUACUACUACUCAUUGUUAGCUUGGAACGGUGAAAGUAAUUUAUUUGUACAAUGGAUGAACAGAAAACAGACUAAAAUAAUUUGUAUGUUAUAUCAAGCAACAAGUGGAAAUGGAUCACUUGUUUAUGAAAAUCAAAUUGAAAAUGGUUGGAUCGAUGAUUCAUACCAAACUCCUUUAUUUUCCAAAAAUGGUAGUUUUUACAUAACUAUGCUUCCUAAAAUGGGCACAAAAGAAAAUGGAAUGUUUCGCCAUGUUGCAAUAGUUCCUACAAAUGGAUCAAAAGAACAACAAUUUUUGACUGAUGGUGAUUACAUGAUAAAAGAAUUGGACUGUUAUAACAAAGAGGAAGAUAUUGUGUAUUACCGCAGUACAGAAACUUCAUCAACUCAGUGUCAUGUUUAUAGCUAUGAUAUUAAAACUAGAGAUAAAAAAUGUCUGACUUGUGGUCUUUUAAAAGAUGAAGAGACUGGUGCAAAUUGUACCUACUACAUGCCGCAGUUUAGUCCCAAUUGUUCCUGGGUUACGUUAUCUUGUUUAGGACCAAUUGUUCCUCUUACCAUCAUUUAUGGCAUAAAAACAAAAACAAUAAAAACUAUGGUUGAUAAUGCUAAUACUAGAAGAAUGGUAAAGAAUUUCACUAUGCCAACAAGUCAUUAUUAUACCAUUAAAUCUGAUGGAUAUGAUGUUCCAGUUCGAGAGAUUCGUCCAUACAAUUUUGAUUUAAAAAAGAAAUAUGCUGUCUUGUUUGAUGUAUAUGGUGGACCAAAUACACAAAAAAUUGACGAUAGAUUUAGAAUAAGUUUUACAACUAUGUUUUCUUCACAUGACAUUAUAGUUGUCAAUUUUGAUGCAAGAGGAUCAAGUUGUAAAGGCUAUGCAUAUAUGCAUGCUGUAUACAAAAAUCUUGGUCACUAUGAGACAAUAGAUGCUUUAAAUCUUGCUAAAUAUUUACGAAAGCAAACUUAUAUUCAUCCUGAUCGUAUUGCAAUUUGGGGAUGGUCUUAUGGUGGAUUUUAUGCGGCAUCAGUAUUAGCUGAUUCAAAUGGAUUAAUUAAUACAGCUGUUUCAGUGGCACCAGUAACAGAUUGGAGAUAUUAUGAUACAGUAUACACCGAGCGUUAUAUGGGAUUGCCAUUCGCAGAAGAAAAUUUAAAAGGUUAUGAGUCAACUUCACUAUUAACUAAAGUUUCUAAUUUUACUGGGAAAAACUUUUUUUUAAUUCAUGGCACAGCUGAUGAUAAUGUCCAUUUCCAGAAUUCAGCACAGUUGGUAACUGCUCUUAUUAGGGAGAAAAUUAAGUUUCAGUCUCAAUACUUCCCUGAUCUUGAUCACAGCAUAUCGAGUGGAGGAUAUAUUAACAUGAUUAUAUGUGAUUAUCUUUUAUUUCAUUUAACUGGUGAAAAUCUCGAUAGCAGCUUUGCUCGUUACAAAAAUAAAAAUUUCUACAACCAUUAUUAAAAGAUAACGCGUUUGUUGGUAUUUUUAUAAAAAAUGGCUUUAUUCGUUUAAAAAUUACUUGUAAUUAAAAAUCGUGUAUAUACGAAGAAAUUAAAUAAAUAUUUUAUCAAAAUUGUAAAUUUAUUGGAAUUAAUAAAAAAAAUUACUUGGGCUUA